AUGUCAAGCGAAGCCACGCCCCACAUCCCAGCUGUCGCCACCCCCAUUGAGUUCGGGAGCAUAAUGUUUAUCCAGCUGGCAAAGCUGGCGAAAGAUGUUUCGCGUGAUUUGCGCAGUGUGCACCAGGAGGCGAGGAGUGAAGAAGAGCGGUAUGGUGUGGCAUGGCGAAGAGUGGGAGAAGCGGCGUCGAGUUCAUUUCGGGUUAAUGCCGCACAGGAUGAGCCUCAGGAUGCGUGUGUCCUUACAGAUUUCAUUGUUUGCGGCAAGAGGCAUUGCAUGAGGGGCAUGUUUUUUGCAAACCGCUCAAAAUCGGAUGUCAGAAAAGCCAAGGGGGUAACCGAAUGUUGAGGGUUGAAGAGGGACAGGGAUAAGUUUAGCAGCAUCCAGGCGAUGCCAAUCUGUUGUUUGGGACCGUGCCGGCUUAUGACAUAUUAAAAGCGGAUCAAGCUCGAGGAACAGAAGACUCUGACUAGCUCAAGGGAAGCCGGAAAGGGGACGACGACAAUUUGAAUUUCUGUCGUUGAAAAUAUUCAGAACGAAAAUUAAAAUGUUGAUGGUUAAUAAGAUGCAUUUUUGCUGGCAUUCGACAGCAGCAAAAAGCAAGGGAAGUUGAAGUUGAAGUCAAAGUCAAAUGCGGAUCAGGUUCGAGGAACAGAUGACUCUGAUUACCUACAAAAAAAAUGCCUGAAAGAGGUGAUAACGAGUUGAGCUUCUAUUGCUGCAAGUAUUCAAAAUUAAAAUUUAAAUUAAAAUGUUAA